GGGACUGGAUUAGCAACUAUACUUCACCUUAAAUUGGGGACUGGAUUAGCAACUAUAUUUCACCUUAAAUUGGGGAUUGGUUCAGCAACUAUACUUCAGCUUAAAUUGGGGAUUGGUUCAGCAACUAUACUUCAGCUUAAAUUGGGGAUUGGUUUAGCAACUAUACUUCACCUUAAAUUGGGGACUGGAUUAGCAACUAUAUUUCACCUUAAAUUGGGGAUUGGUUCAGCAACUAUACUUCAGCUUAAAUUGGGGAUUGGUUCAGCAACUAUACUUCACCUUAAAUUGGGGAUUGGUUUAGCAACUAUACUUCACCUUAAAUUGGGGAUUGGUGUAGCAUCGAUACUUCACCUUAAAUUGGGGAUUGGUUCAGCAACUAUACUUCACCUUAAAUUGGGGAUUGGUUCAGCAUCGAUACUUCAGCUUAAAUUGGGGACUGGUUCAGCAGCUACACUUCCCCUUAAAUUGGGGACUGGUCUAGAAACCAUACUUCGACUUAAAUUGGGGACUGGUUCAUCCAAUAUAUCUUAUUUCUAA